AUGGAGACAGCGACACAUAUUAACGACCUUCCCGACGACAUCCUCGCUAAGAUACUAUGGCAUUGCGAGGAGUCAACACCUUGGAAACCCGAGAGUGACGCGUUAUGGUCUCGGCAUUCAUUGUCGCCGAAACCACGGUACCUUCGCUCGAUCGUCUUAGACAAAGAUCCCAGUCCUGAGGAGGAAGACUCGUAUCCAGUAUCGUACCCUCCCGCCAUUCCAACCGCUGCCAAGAUCUUCCUCGUGUCGUCGGUGUGCCGUCGUUGGCGCGAUGUAGCUCAGCGUAACAUCUCCACGCUGCUCGUCGAAAGAAAACAAGCCAUUUCCCUCCAACAACUCUCGAAUGCCGUCGCGUGCUUCCCGAACCUCACCCAUCUCCAUCUGUGCGACGACAGCGUGGAAACCCUAGACGACACCUUCCUCGCUCACCUCGCAUCAUCCUGUCCUCAGCUCAAGUUUCUCCACGUGGGACGCUCGAUCACUCACCAUCCAGACUACGUCGGACCGAAACAGAAGCACCCGAUCACCGAAGCUGGUCUGGAUCGCUUCUUCCAGCGAUGCACUCAGCUGGAGCAGCUUUCACUGCUCUGCCUCCAUCCGGACGUCCACCUACCCGCUUCCUUCUUCCACCUCACGCGUCUUCACACCCUGGCUUUAACAGCCGCCUCCGCCUUAGAAGCUCCAGAUCUGGAGACCCUCGGCUCGCUCACCAAUCUUCAUGUCACCUCCCCGGAGGUGACCGAGGAGCAACUGGCCAACGUGCGUCGUCUUCCCAGCAUCACCGGCCUUUCACUCUCUGCCGGGACCUCGUUUUCUCCUCAUGGCUCGGCUGCCUUCGCCAUUGCACAGCUGCCUUUGAUCAAAUCGCUGGACUCUCGCCACGUGUUGCUGUCGGAUUGGCCAUUGACCAGUCUAGAACGCCUGCAGAUAUCAGAUUGCAGAGAUUUGAAGCGGCUUCCGGCCAGAAUCGCGGAGUUGCUGCCGCGUCUGCGUGAGCUGACCGUUUCCAGGUGCCAUGCCUUGGAGGAGCUGCCAGAAGGUGCCUAUUCCCUGAAGCACCUCGAGACCUUGUCACUCAUCAAAUGCGACAAAUUCCGCUGCCUGCCUGUAAACGUUGGGCGAUUGUCUGCCUUGUCAACUCUGGUUCUGGAUCUUUUGCCGCUGCUGGCGAGCCUGCCUGCCUCCAUCUGCCAGCUCAGCUCCCUGGAGACCUUCUUCCUGCUCUCGUGCGACUCAAUCCGCGAGCUGCCAGCAGGGUUCGGCUGUCUCACAGCUCUCACGACUCUCUGCCUCGAACGAGUGGCGCUUCCAGCGGACAUAGGACGCCUCAGUAACCUCCACACGCUGCUUGUGACAACGAGCUUCGGGUAUCCGCAUCUCCCGUGCUCGUUAUCGAAAAUCGCGUCGCUGACGAGGCUUGAGCUGAACGGGUGCGGCGUGGAGUUGCUGCCAGAGGGCGUGGGGUCGCUCAGCAGCAUGCGCGAGCUGCACGUCUCGUCCUGCCCUCGGCUCACGGCCCUUCCAGCGUCCGUGACGGGCCUGACUGCCCUAGAAGCUCUCUCACUCGCUGACUGCCAUAAUCUGACCUCGGCACCCACAAGGCUGGACGGCCUGACGCGGCUCAAGCGGCUGGAGUUGGCCCGAUGUGACAUGCUGACACGGCCUCCUCUAGUCCUGCCGGCUUCAAUUGAAUGGCUGGGUUGGGGAGGUUUCAGGCAUGCCAUGCCUCUGCCAGACGUCUCCACGCUGACGGGGCUUCGGACGCUUCGCCUGGACGUAGUUGCGGUGGGGUGUGGGGUCGCUGUGAGCAGGAGCCUGUCGCACCUGGAGCAUUUGCAGCUGACGUUGGCUAACGAUGCGGAGGAGCUUCCAUUCGCCUUGACGUUCCUCUCCCACCUGCGCACCCUGAUCAUUGACUACGCGAUAAACCUCCAAAGGCUGCCGGCCGACAUUGGGUCAGCACUGCCGCAGCUGCGGAAGCUGAAGCUGGUAUCGGCGUACGAGUUAGGGGAGUUGCCAGCGAGUGUGACUGCGCUGCAGAACCUGACGUCCUUAACGGCUUGCAAUGCGCCACUGGCCUCUCUUCCGGAUGGCAUCGGUGCCUUGUCGCGGUUGCGCGAGCUGGACCUCUACAACUCCGACGACCUUGACCAGCUGCCUGCCUCUCUCACCCACCUUACCCGCCUGAACCUCCUCUCGAUCACAGCCUGCCCCAUCCGCUCCCUGUGCCCCACCGUUUCCCAGUUCUCGCGGCUCAGAUCCCUCAGUUUGUCAGGCUGUGCGCAGCUGGAGGCAUUGCCGGGGGAUGUGAGUGCGCUGACGGCACUGAGGAGCCUGGAUGUGGAGGAGUGUGGGCAUGUGACGGACACGGAUGGGUCAGUGCUCCCCAGAAGCAUCAAUGAGGUGUACGGGCUGAAAGUAUCCACGCACAGGUGCCUCGCAGGUGUCACUGGGUGGCUGGCCCUCUGCUUGACCCCACCCCCUCUCCCCCUCUGCACUCCCCUGCCAGGUGCCUCGCAGGUGUCACUGGGUGGCUGGGCUGCAGUACCCGCUGCUACUCCCGCUCCUCGUGUACCCUACCCCCUCUCUCCCCUACACACCCGCCCCCGUCAGGCGCCUCCCAGGUGUCGCUGGUGGCGCACUCAGCAGGUGCACUCCCCACCGCUCUCAUAUUCCCAUCUCCCUUCACGCCUCUCCCGCCUGCACUUCCCCCCCAGGCGCCUCCCAGGUGUCACUGGUGGCGCACUCAGCAGGCGGGUGGCUGGCCCUCUUCUUGACUGUCUACACGCGGAGUACGGCCAUGCUGACGUGGCGCUGCUGCUCUCCCUCGGCUCGCCGCACCUGGGCAGAGGGGGUGGUGGAUCAGACCAGAGGUCUGCUAACGCAGAUGCAAGCCAUCUCUCCAGGCCCCCACCACCCGCAGGGGUGCAAGGGGUGGUGGAUCAGACGAGAGGCCUGCUAACGCACAUGCAGGCCGUCUCUCCAGGCGCCUUCCACGCACCGCACGUCAAAUACGUCUGCGUCUCGGGCAGGUAUGAUACUGUUGCCUAUGUCCACAUGCCUGUGUCUCAUGCAGGUGAAGCCUUUCCCGCCAGGCAGCCAGCCUUUCCUUUCCCCAUCACCUCCUCCCCACAACCCCACCCACCCAACCAUGCAGCCGUGGCAGCAGCAGCAGGAGGAGAGGCGCGCGUGUUUGCCCUGGAUGUGAAACCAGUGGGGGUGGGGGGCGCAGCAACACAAGCAGCUGGUGGGUCGGAUUCAGAGCCGGAGAGUGAGAGUGAGGGGGAGAGGAAGGAGGGCAGCAGCGGGGCUUCAGGUGAAAAGAACCAGGAAGCAGUUGCUGGGAGGCAGGUGCAGGUGGCAUCUGGGGGAGGUGUGUUCCAGGCGCGCAUGGUGGGGCAGGGGUACAAGCAGGUGUGCGGGCGGGCGGACGUGUGGGGGGACGGAGUCGUGCCGGAAGAUGCCGCCCUGCUGGAGGGGGUGGAGAAUCUGAUCCUGGACGGCGUGUAUCACUCGCCUGUGGGGGCCAGUGAGGCCCGGCCGUGGUACGGGUCUCCCUCCGUGCUGCCUUCAUGGCAGCACCACCUGUUGGCUUGA